AUGACAUCGAAGAACGCAAUUAAGAUGGAGCCUGAAGAAGUUCAAAUCUCGCCGCCGGCCAAGACUCAGGCGGAUACUGACAACACCUCGAAGAAUUCCAAGAGCCCAAAGACUGAAGGAGUACCCUCGCCAGAAGCCGAAGUCAAGAUUGAUGUCACGCCGUCGGAGAUCGAAGAGGCCGAUACUGAUGACGACUCGUGUGAGAAGGAACCACUCUUGAAGACGACUGAACUUCCAGUCUCCACAGGUGCGAAAUUCGCCAAAACGCACACGCUGAAAGGUUCCAUCAGACAGCCAUUAGUCCCCGUGCUCCACAAUGUCGAAGAAAAACCCACCGACCCGGACGAGCGAGUUCUGAACUUCGCGGCGCGAGCGCACGAGCUCCUGCGAUGGGCGAUAGGAAGCGCCGUCAUCUUCGUCCCAAUAAAAUUCAUCGCGGACGCGCAGAAGAAGGAGGAGGAGAAACCCCUCGGUGUCUAUCACGCAAUCCUCAACGCGUUACAAGGUUUUAACUUUGCUUAUCCGUUCAUCCUUUUCAUAGUGAUUUACGGGUUAUUUCAUCUGGUGGCGGCGUACAUUGCGGACCCUGCUAAGGCGAGGAUAUUAGAGUGGCUUAGCCUCCUUUUUGGAUUCGGCGUCCUCGCGUCUGUCAUAUUCUACGCAGGUGUGUGGGUCUUCGUUUGGAGCAUAAUCACAGCCAUCGUUGUCCUCGGAGCUAUAAAAUUUGUUUUUAUGUGUUGCGCCUGUGCUGGUGAGAAGGAUGAGACAAUAGAUGUCUAA